AUGAAUCUCUCACUCAUUGAUCCAUUUGUCCUGGCGCAAGAAUACCCAGAUACCUUAACUGAGAAACUGAUCAGCGGCCAUUCGACAUGUUUAAGCUUCAACCACAAGGGCGAUUAUCUUGCCUCUGGACGAGCGGAUGGCACAGUGGUGAUCUUUGACAUUGAGACCAAUGGUGUCGCGCGCAAAUUGAAAGGCCACACGCGACAAAUCCAGUCUCUCAGCUGGUCUCGCGAUGGUCGCUACCUUCUUACCUCCUCCCAAGACUGGAAAUGUAUCCUCUGGGAUCUCAAAGACGGCUCCCGAGUCCGCACAGUCCGAUUCGAGGCACCAGUCUACAUCGCCGAGCUACACCCAUUCAACCAACCAACCAGUACUGGUAGACGUCUCCGACACAAAACCAAUCAAACGAAUCCUCCCCUCCGCCCCCUCAGACCGCAAGCCCCAAGCGGCGAAGAAGUUGACCCGGCCGUAGCCGCGAAACAAGCAGCGCAAGACGCUAAACACUCGACAUGCGUAACCAUCUUCACAGCAUUCGGCAACCACAUAAUCGCCGGCACCUCGAAAGGCUGGAUCAACAUAAUCGAAACCCAAACCUGCACAACAAUCCACUCAAUGCGCCUCUGCAACGGUGUCGUCAUCCUCCUCCGACUAGCCAGCAACGGACGCGACCUCCUGGUCAACAGCUCGGACCGAGUAAUCCGCACAGUGAUAAUGCCCGACCUCUCACAGCUGGGUAUCGAUCUGGAACCAUCCGCGAUCAAACUGCACGUUGAGCACAAGUUCCAAGACGUGGUCAACCGACUCAGCUGGAACCACGUCACAUUCUCAUCUACGGGCGAGUUCGUCACCGCGACAACAUUCAUGAACCCUGAUAUAUACGUGUGGGAACGCAGUCACGGGUCACUCGUCAAGAUCUUGGAAGGACCACGGGAGGAACUCGGCGUUGUGGAAUGGCACCCCGGCAGACCGAUGGUUGUGGCAUGCGGACUGGAGACCGGGUGCAUCUACACAUGGUCAAUCGUUUCGCCGCAGAAAUGGUCCGCGCUGGCGCCCGAUUUCGGCGAAGUCGAGGAGAACGUUGAGUACAUGGAAGCAGAGGAUGAGUUCGAUGUUCACCCAGCUGAGCAGGUGCAUCAGCGCCGGCUAGAUCAAGAGGAUGAGGUGCCGGAUGCUAUAACGCUUGAUGUGGUGAAGGGGGAGGGAGAUGCUGAUGGCGUUGAGUCGUUUAUACUUCCUGUCUUGAUGGACAUUGAGGACAGUGAUUCUGGUGAGGAAGUUGUUGCUGUUGGGCCCGGAACUAUGCGACGCAGGACGUCUGGAGCUGGCAAUGCCAAUGCCAAUGGCAAUGGCAAUGGGGAUGCGGAUAAGCCUGCGGCUAAUUCGACUUCGAAGGGUACUACCAGGAGUCGCCGCCGAUAG